UAUUCUGGCGUCUGGAGCAAAAUGAAGUUGAAGUAAAAUGGAUGACGAAAGAAUAGACUGGAUUAGACACCAAGUUUUCCUUGGCUUGGAUAUCAAAGAGUUAGAAGUUUUCGAGGAACUUCUAGAACGUGACGAUGGUGUAUGGGAACGCGAACUUGGAAAAUUUCUGAACGAUACGCCGGAGGAUAAUGAGAAUUCCAUAGUAUUUUAUAAGAUAACAAAAGACGAAGAAGAGGAGGUUGAAGUUGAAUGUGAGCCUGAGAUACCUGACAUAGCCCAAGAGGAGGAUGGUGCUGAGGGUGAAGGAGGUGGAGAGCAGGCCCAGGGGGAGACAGCCCAUGCAGAGGAUGUGGAGCCCAAGGAGCAGGCUCUUGGAGUCUCCACACCCACCGGGGAGGAGGAAACCACCAAAAAAGUAAGUGGGAAAGGAAAGCGGCGUAAGGGCAGUGCCCCAAGUGGAGACCAGAAGCCGGAGACAGAGGUUCCAGCGACCCCGGCCCCUGAAGCUGAAGCCAAACCUGAGGGUGAUGGAGAGGGGGAUGGAGACGCUGAUGAUGAGGAGGACAAGGUCCCUAGAACGAAAAUAAUUGUGCAGACAGUGACACGUACAUACCUUCACAUGUGCUACCAGUUCUUGCCAGAGGAGUUUGCCGACCAUGAAAGCAUGUACUUUAUUCGAAAUACUCCUGGCAUGGUGCCACUGCCAAACAACAAGGAUGAAGCUUCAGAGACAAUGCCAAAUUACUUUGAGACAGGCAUUCUUAAUGGCCAUUCCCUUGUCAUGCUGGAGCAUAUCAUUUCUCAGGUUUACAUGCCUUUACUGUCAUACAAUCAACACAGGAAUGGAGAGCAGAAAGGUGAUGCUUCACGGUCCAGACCUGACACCCGCGUGUCCACCAGGACUGAUGAUGAUGAUGGAGAAAAGAAAGUCAAUGUUGCUGAAUCCAGAGCUAAAGCCAUGCUUAGAGACGAGUUUCUUAUAAGCAUGCAGAAGUUUGCCGGAAGCAUCACACGAACAAUACAGCAGAUUGAGGGAGAAGUGAGACUGGAAGUACCAGAGAUGGAGCUCAGUGACAACAUUGAAGAAAUUGUAGCAAACACUGAGCUCAUGGACAAGAUCAGAGAGAUCUGCCAUGAGUGGACCCGACAGAUACGUGGAGCACUUGAGCUGCAGCUGAAGAAAACUCCGCAUGGUAAAGGGCCACUAGCUGAGAUUGACUUUUGGAGGGAAAGAAAUGCUGCACUCAGUGCUCUAGUAGAGCAGCUCAAAAUCCAACAAGUGGCAAAAAUGCUGGAAGCUUAUUCACACCUUGAAGCAGACUUUGAUGAUGUAAAAUCUGAACUCAAUAAAUAUUAUGUGGAAGCAAAAGACAAUGUGAGGUUUUUAUCAACUCUUGAACGCCACUUCAAAAACAUAACCCAUGGUGCCACCUUCCAAGUUGUGAUAGAGACAAUACCAUCCAUGAUGAAUGCUCUACGGAUGGUAUGGAUCAUCUCCCGACACUACAACAAGGAUGAGCGUAUGGUUCCCCUCAUGGAGAGGAUUGCCUGGGAACUGGCUGAACGUGUGGACAAGGUCAUCAACAUCAGGACCAUAUUCAAAGACAGCACAGAUGAGGUAAAGAGACGGACGUCCGAGGCCAAACAAAUGUUGCAAGUCUGGAAGGAAAGCUACUUUGAAGUGCGCGCAAAAAUUGAGCAAUCUGGACGAGAUCAGCGCUGGGAGUUUGACCGCAAAAAGCUGUUUGAAAGGACUGACUACAUGUCUAAUAUCUGCCAGGAUCUGUACAAUGUUGCUCAGAUUCUUGAGGAGUUCUACAAUAUAUUUGGGCCUGAGCUAAAAGCAGUGACAGGUGAUCCAAAGAGGAUUGAGGAUGUGCUUGUCAGAGUGGAUGCCUUAGUUGUUCCUCUUGAGGAUGUUGGUUUUGAUCCAUUUUCCACUCGCCAUGCAUCUUCCUGGAAGAGUGUGAUGGACCAGUUCAACCGUGAAGUGAUCAGUAUUGAAAAUGAGGCAAAACAGUUUAUUGAUGAGUCAUUCCAGUCACUGCGCUCAGCAGAGGGAGCAUUCAACUUGCUACUGAAGUUCAAGCACAUCAGAUCCAGGGAGGCAAUCAACAACCAGAUGAUGCAGAAGUUUCGUGACAUCCUCGUACAGUACCAGAAGGAAGUGGAGAUAAUGGACGACCUGUUCCAGAAGCAGAAGGAUGACCCCCCUCUAAACAAAAACCACCCCCCUAUAGCCGGCUCCAUCUUCUGGGAGCGCUCCCUCUUUCACCGCAUCAAGCAUGUGAUUAUCCGCUUCCAGAGCAUGGAGGAUAUGAUGCAGAGUGACAUGGGCAAAGGAACUCGGGCCAAGUACUUGAGUGUUGGUAAGCAGAUGAAGACAUAUGAGGAGGGGAGGUACGAGCAGUGGCGGGAGUCUGUGGAGCAGAUCCUGCCCUCUCUGCUCAAGAGGAAUCUGAUAGUGAAGCCGACACCUGCACAGCAGCUUCAGCUUCAGCAGCAACACACUGCUGAAGAGGGCCAUGGGGAGGGAGAAGAUGUGACCUCCACAAUAAGCAAGACAAUUACUCCGGAUGAUCUACGAAGCUUGUCCUCACCAUACAGUCAGUCUCGGACAGUGACAACCCCACACACGGCUGUGAGCCAUGUCCCGACACAGAGCACAAAUGUGUAUGAAGUGAAGUACUUAGUAGACUUUGACCCUCAGCUGGGGGAGAUAAUAGCCGAGACCAAAUACAUGGAGCAGUUGGGAUUCUCCGUGCCAGAACUGGCCAGAAAUGUUGCUCUGCAGGAUGAGAAGUACAUCAAGUAUGUGGAAAGCCUGACGCACAUGUUACAGCGCUACAAUCGACUUCUGGCCAGCCUGGACCAUGCUGAGAGCUUGCUGCUGGAGGACCAUGUUCGUGACCUGCGACGUGUCAUCCGACCAGGCGCUAAACGACUCAACUGGAACUCCCUCGGUAUCAAGGACUACUGCCACAAGUGUGAACAGGCUAUUGCGAAGUUUGAGUCACUAGUGAACCAGAUUCAGAAGAAUGCCAAGGACAUUGACCAGCGGCUCCACAUGAUUGAGAAUGCCAACCUGUUCAAGUCCCCUGCACCCAAGUAUGCUGACCACCUCCCUGGCUGCAAGGAGUACUAUGAGCACAUUGAACGUGAAAGGUCCAAGGAUUUUGAGAUCCUUGCCAGGAAGUACCGCGCUAUUGGACCACUCCUGACUAAGAUGGAGGGUCUUGUGGUACACACUAACUCUGGGAAGUCACCAAAGCUGCAUCAGUACUAUGCACACUGGGAGAAGAAAACAUACAAUGCUCUUUUGAAGCUGAUCAUGAACAAUUUGCGGAGGUUUGAGGGUGCCCUGCGGACAGAACGACCCUUGUUCCAGGUGGAGACCCUGCUUGCGGCCCCCGAUGUUGUCCUCCACCCACAGGCCAAUGAGGUGUACAAGCUCACACUGCAGAGCGUCAGGGACUGUGUGGAAGGGACAAAGCUGUUUGUGCGAUGGAUGAAUGGAACAUGCAUCGAGUGUGUGCCCCAGAAGGUUGAAGGGGAGGACGAGCUGUACCAGUUCACCUUCUUCCAGGAUAUCUCCGUCAACUCAGACACCAUCGAGCUUGUUCAGACAAUACACUUCAACAUCAAGAGUACGCUCACCAGCAUGCAGCGAUAUCUCAACAGAUGGAAGAAGUUCCGCAGCAUCUGGAAAGUGGAUAAGCAAGCGUUGGCUGACCGGUGGUUCCAGAAGGACCCAACUGUUGUGUCAUUUGACAGCAAGCUGCAGUACUACCACAAGACAAUAGAUGAGGUGGAGACCCUGCCAGUCGUCAAGGACCAGGAGUGCAUACGACUCUUCAUGGGUCCUCUCGCAUCCUCUGUGAAAGACCAUGCAAAGCAGUGGAUCAACUGUCUUGGGAAGCUACUGAGAGAUUCUGCCAAGGACAACCUCUACCAGCUCAACUCCACCCUCGAGACAAAGUCUGAGGACCUGGACAAGACCCCUGUGAGCCUGGAGGACCUGAAGUUUGUGCUGACCACAAUAUCUGACAUCAAGGCCAUGUCCCUGGACGUGGAGGACAAGAUACGUGACAUACAGGAGCGAUACCGCACCCUCUCCAUGUACGAUAUAGAGGUGACAGAGGACGAAAAAGAGACACAGUGGAAAAUGCCACAGCUCUGGGAAGACCUCAUAUGGAAGUCCAAAAACGUUGACGCAAGCCUCUUUGUUGUCAAGAAAAAGUUUAAGGAGAUCACCCAGGAGCAGAUUAAGGACUUCAGCAAGGAGCUGAAAGAAUUUGCCGACCGUUUUUACCUGGAGGGCCCAGGAGCUGUCAACAGCAACCUUGAAAAGGGUGUUGAGCUCAUGAAGACAUACAGUGUUGAGGUGAACAAGUAUGAGAUGGAGCGUCAGGAGCUGGCAAACGCAGAAAAGCUGUUUGACUUGCCCAUCACAAUGUACCCUGACCUACAGCAGGUCCAGAAACAGAUGAAGGGACUAGAAAUGAUCUAUGCCCUCUUUGAGGAACAAGAGAAUGCCAGAGAGCAGUGGGCUGAGACACUGUGGGCGAACCUGAACAUCCAAAUCCUGCAGGACGGCAUUGAGACCUUCCUCAAGAAUCUGCGUAAGAUGCCACGAGAUGUGAAGCAGAUGGCCGUUGCCCGAGCCUUGGAGGAGAAGAUGAAGGAGUUCAGAGACUCUCUUCCUCUCUUUGUCGACCUCAAACAUGAGGCCCUCAGAGAUCGCCAUUGGAAGGAGCUGAUGACAAAGACAGGACAGAAAUUUGACAUUAAUCCAGAGACUUUCACCCUAGCCAACAUCUUCGCCAUGGAGCUGCAGCGAUACCAUGAGACCAUUGCAGAAAUUGUUACUAUGGCCAGCAAGGAAAUGGGAAUAGAAAAGGGAGUGAAAGAGAUAGAGGAGACGUGGAACAACAUGAAGUUUACAGUUGUGCCGUACAUGAAGGGCACAUCCCACCGCGGCUUCAUCCUGGGGGCCAUAGACGACAUCGUGCAGAACCUUGAUGACAGCUCAAUGAACAUGCAAAGCAUGUCUGCUUCACGCUUCAUCGGCCCCUUUCUCAACAGUGUUCAGAACUGGGAAAAGAGCCUGUCUCACAUAUCAGAAGUGCUUGAUGUGUGGAUGGUUGUACAGAGGAAAUGGAUGUACCUGGAAGGUAUCUUCAUUGGCGGGGACAUCCGCUCUCAACUUCCGGAAGAAGCCAAGAAAUUUGACCAGAUUGACAAAACAUUCAAAAAGAUAAUGAAUGACACGCACAAAGUUCCGACAAUCAAGAUAGCGUGUCAUGCCCAGAACAGACUGCAAGACCUUGAAGCACUGAGUGUAGGGUUGGAAAAAUGUCAGAAGUCUCUAAAUGACUACCUUGACUCCAAGAGGAACGCAUUCCCGAGGUUCUUCUUCAUCUCUGACGACGAGUUGCUUAGUAUCCUGGGUAGCAGUGACCCAGAGUGCGUCCAGGAACACAUGAUAAAGAUGUAUGACAACAUUUCCUCUCUGAGGUUCACCAAGGGCAACAGCAAUGAGGUUCUGGCAUCAGCGAUGAUCUCUGCAGAGGGUGAGGUGAUGGAGUUCCGAACGCAGGUGCCUGCUGAGGGGCGAGUGGAAGACUGGAUGACAAAUGUGUUGGAGGAGAUGAGGUCCACCAAUCGUCUCAUUACCAAGGAGGCCGUCUUCUUCUACUGUGAGAACAUCACAAGGGUUGGUUGGAUGAUGAAAUACCAGGGUAUGGUGUGUUUGGCUGGGAACCAGGUCUGGUGGACCUGGGAGGUUGAGGAUGUCUUCAACAAGGUGAAAAAAGGACAAAAAACAGCCCUCAAGGAAUAUGCCAAGAAACUACACGGCCAGAUUGACGAGCUCGUCAUCACUAUUCGGUCCCCUCUAUCAUCAAAUGAAAGAAAGAAGUUUAACAGUGUGCUGAUUAUUGAUGUGCAUGCCCGAGACAUCAUUGAUAGCUUUGUCAGAGACAGUAUUAUGGAUGCUAAUGAGUUUGAAUGGGAGUCCCAGCUGCGUUUCUACUGGGUGAAGGAGCCUGAUGAGCUGAUGGUUCGACAGUGUACGGGAGAGUUUGGCUACGGGUACGAGUACAUGGGUCUCAACGGCAGGCUGGUCAUCACUCCUCUCACAGACAGAAUCUACCUGACCCUCACACAGGCCCUGUCUAUGCAGCUAGGUGGAGCACCCGCAGGGCCAGCUGGUACUGGGAAGACAGAGACAGUAAAGGAUCUCGCCAAAGCUCUCGGCCUCCUCUGUGUUGUCACUAACUGUGGUGAAGGCAUGGACUACAAGGCUGUAGGCAAGAUCUUCUCUGGUCUGUGCCAGUGUGGUGCAUGGGGCUGCUUCGACGAGUUUAACCGUAUUGACGUGUCUGUGCUGUCUGUCAUCUCCACACAGCUGAAAACUAUCCAGAAUGCCCUCAUUUUGAAGCUGAAGAGGUUCCAUUUUGAAGGUGUGGAGAUCAACAUGGACUGCCGUGUGGGUAUCUUCAUCACGAUGAACCCUGGGUACGCUGGGCGUACAGAGCUGCCAGAGUCUGUGAAGGCAUUGUUCCGCCCGGUGGUGGUGAUCGUACCUGAUCUACAGCAGAUUUGUGAGAUCAUGUUGUUCUCUGAAGGCUUCCUCCUAGCCAAGGUUUUGGCCAAGAAGAUGACAGUACUCUAUAAGCUAGCUAAGGAACAGCUGUCUAAGCAGUACCACUAUGACUUUGGUCUGCGUGCUCUCAAGUCUGUACUGGUGAUGGCCGGAGAACUGAAGAGAGGCUCACCAGACCUGCAUGAGGAUGUGGUGUUGAUGAGAGCCCUGCGAGACAUGAACUUGCCCAAGUUUGUGUUCGAGGAUGUGCCUCUGUUCCUUGGUCUCAUUGGGGAUUUGUUCCCUGGGCUUGACUGCCCCCGUGUCCGCUACCCAAAUUUCAACGACGCUGUGGAGGCUGUCUUAGAGGAGAACGGAUACUUGAUGCUGCCUGUGCAGGUGGACAAGGUUGUGCAGAUGUACGAAACCAUGAUGACUCGCCACACCACCAUGAUUGUUGGACCCACUGGAGGUGGAAAGUCUGUUGUCAUCAACACUCUCGCACAGUCACAAACAAAGCUUGGCACACACACAAAACUAUUCACUAUCAACCCUAAGGAUAGAAGUGUGAUUGAACUGUAUGGUAUCCUGGACCCAAUCACUCGAGACUGGACAGAUGGACUGCUAUCCAACAUCUUCAGAGAAAUCAAUAGGCCCACAGAUAAAAAUGAGAAAAAGUACAUUGUAUUUGAUGGUGAUGUUGAUGCAUUGUGGGUGGAAAACAUGAACUCUGUCAUGGACGACAACAGGCUGCUUACCCUUGCCAAUGGAGAGAGAAUCCGUCUUCAGAAACACUGUGCCAUGUUGUUUGAGGUGUUUGACCUGCAAUAUGCCUCCCCAGCGACAGUGUCUCGGUGUGGUAUGGUGUAUGUGGACCCCAAGAACCUUGGCUACCAGCCCUUCUGGUGGAGGUGGCAGAACACACGCACAGGGAAGGUGGAAAAGGACAACAUAGGGCGCCUCUAUGAGAAGUAUGUACCCACGCUGAUAGACAUGGUGGUGGAGGGCAUGGUGGAAGGCCGACAGGGAGAGAAGAUGAAGACAAUCAUACCCCUCACAAACCUCAACAUGGUAACCCAGCUAGCAAAUAUGUUGGAAUCGAUGAUCACGCGGGAGUUGACAGAGGCGGACGAGCUGGAGGCCAUCUUCCUCCAGGCACUCACCUGGUCCAUCGGCGCGGGCCUCCUGGAGGAUGGACGCAUCAAGUUUGAUGCACAGCUCAAGAGUCUUGCUGCCAUGCAGAUUAUCAAUGAUGACAACAAACUUUUGGCUGGACUUGGUGAGUUGCCAACUACCCACCCAACUUUGUACGACUACUUCUUUGACAUGGAACAGAAGAAGUGGAUCCCAUGGACGAACCUUGUGCCAAAGUACAACCAUGACCCUAGUCGCAAGUACAACGAAAUCUUGGUGCCAACUCUGGACACAGUGCGCACCACUUGGCUUCUCAGCCUGCAAGUCCGGAUCAAGCGGCCAGUAGUGCUGAUUGGGGAGACAGGAACAUCCAAAUCGGCCACCAUUGCCAAUUUCCUCAGAACCCUCGAUCAGGAGUCACAUUUGUUGCUGAACAUGAACUUUUCCAGCAGAACAACAUCAAUGGACGUACAGCGUAACUUAGAGGCCAACGUAGAGAAGCGCACCAAGGAUACAUAUGGUCCUCCACCAGGCAAACGCCUCCUCAUCUUUGUUGAUGACAUGAACAUGCCUCAGGUUGACACAUAUGGCACACAGCAGCCUGUUGCCCUUCUGAAGCUACUGUUGGAGAGGGGUGGCUGCUUUGACAGAGGCAAGGACCUCAACUGGAAGAACAUGCGGGACAUUGGUUACCUUGCUGCCAUGGGUAAGGCAGGCGGAGGCAGGAAUGAGACAGAUCCUAGGUUUGUGUCGCUGUUCAGUGUCUUCAACAUGACAUUCCCCUCAGAAGAGUCCCUCUUCCUGAUCUACAACUCGAUCCUAUCCGGCCACACCCAGGCCAUGGUCAAGGACCUCCAGGAUAUUGUCUCAAUCAUCACAAGAAUGACCAUGUCUCUAUACAGUAAAAUCAUCAAGGACCUUCCUCCGACUCCAUCCAAGUUCCACUAUAUCUUCAACCUGCGUGAUCUAUCCCGCAUCUACCAUGGCAUGUGUCUCACCACAUCAGACAGAUUCAGCAAAGUGGACCAAUUUCUUCGUGUAUGGAGAAAUGAGUGCCUGCGUGUUAUUGGAGACAGGCUGAUUAAUGACCAGGACAAAAUUUAUCUCAAUGGUCAGAUAAAGGAGCUGCUGGAUGAGAACUUUAAGACGACUGUGGAGUAUGUGAUGCGAGACCCAUGCCUGUUUGGAGACUUUCGUACGGCCCUGGAGGAAAGUGAGCCACGCCUGUACGAAGACAUUCAAGACUAUGAUGCUGCUAAGGCACUCUUCCAAGAGAUUGCGGAGGAAUACAAUGACAGCCACACUCCAAUGAACCUGGUGUUGUUUGACGACGCCCUGGAGCAUCUGACCCGGAUCCACAGGGUGAUCCGCAUGGACCAGGGCCAUGCACUGCUGGUGGGAGUGGGGGGAUCUGGCAAGCAGAGUCUGUGUAAGCUGGCAUCCUUCACUGCUGGCUGUGAGGUGUUUGAGAUCCAGCUGUCCCGUGGCUACAGCGAGCAGAGCUUCAGGGAUGAUCUCAAGAUUCUCUACAACAAACUUGGCACAGAGAACAAGAAGAUGGUUUUCCUCUUCACUGACCAGCAUGUGGCAGAGGAAGGAUUUUUGGAGAACAUCAAUAAUAUGCUGACAUCGGGAAUGGUGCCAGCUCUCUAUCCUGAUGAUGAGAAGGAACAGAUCAUUGGAUCAAUCCGUCAGGAGGCCCUGAAUGCAGGUGCUGGCCAUGCCCGUGAGAGCAUCUGGCAGUACUUUGUGACCAAGUGUUCCAACAAUCUCCACAUAGUCCUUGCCAUGUCACCUGUCGGGGACGCUCUCAGAACACGCUGCAGGAACUUCCCAGGAUUGGUGAACUGUGCAAACAUUGACUGGUUCUUCCCCUGGCCAGAGCAAGCUCUGUAUGCUGUAGCCAGUGUCUUCAUCUCACCAGAUAACGCACUGAUUUCUGAGCAGCACCGUGACAGUGUGGUUGAACACAUAGUUCUGGUGCACACAAGCGUUGGUGAGUACAGCAAGCAGUUCCUGACCCGUCUGCGCAGGAGCAACUUUGUGACACCCAAGAACUACCUGGACUUCAUCAACACAUACUUGAAACUGCUGCUGGACAAAGACAAGUUCAUUGAAGCCCAGUGUAAUCGUCUGUCCGGAGGUCUGAUGAAGAUUGCAGAGGCCAGUGAGCAGCUAGCCAUUCUCAAUGAGAAGUUGGCUGUCCAGAAGGUGGCAGUCACGGAGAAAACUGCUGCUUGUGAGGUCAUGCUCAAGGAGAUUGCCUCUGGAACCAAGCGGGCAACAGAAAAGAAAAAACUGGCUGAAGCCAAGGGAAAAGAAAUUGUUGAGCAAAACAAGAUCAUUGAAGUUGAAAAGCGUGAUGCUGAAGAGUCCCUAGCUGCAGCACUGCCUGCCCUAGAGGCUGCUCGAAUUGCCCUGGAUGACCUAGACAAGUCAGAUGUCACUGAGAUCAGAUCUUUUGCGAAGCCCCCACGGGCUGUGCAAACUGUGUGUGAAUGUGUGGUGAUCCUGCGAGGCAUUCGUGAGGUAUCCUGGAAGUCUGCUAAGGCCAUGAUGGCAGAGGCCAACUUCCUCGCUGCCUUGAAAAAGAUGGAUGUGGACAGCAUCACCUCAAAACAAACCGCUGCUACCAAGGCACUGUUAAAGGAGAUUGACAUUACAUUUGAUGACAUGAAGUCUGUGAGUCGUGCUGGAUUUGGACUGUUGAAAUUUGUGGAUGCUGUGCUGGGUUACUGUGCAGUGGCCAGGGAAAUUAAACCAAAACGAGAAAAGGUAGCCAAACUGGAGCGUAACUUCUUCCAAGCAAAGCGAGACCUUGAUAAGAUCACCAACGAGGUGAACUCUCUGGAGAAAGAGCUGGCUGACCUUGGAGCCAAGUACGAGGAAGCCAUGGCCGAGCAGAAGAAACUGUCUGAUGAGGCCGCAAUCAUGGAACGCCGACUCAUUGCUGCCGAUAAACUCAUCUCUGGUCUUGGAUCAGAAGAAAAGAGAUGGAAGGUUGACCUGGAAGACCUGAAGGUACAGCGUGUAUGGCUGCUGGGUGACUGUCUUGUGGGCUCAGCCUUCCUCAGCUAUGUGGGGGCCUUCUCAUGGGAAUUCCGGAAUGACCUUCUCAACAAGGAGUGGCUCGUCAACCUCAAAAACAAGGGUGUCCCCCUCAGCGACCCCUUCAAGCUAGAGUCACUGCUCACCAAUGAUGUAGAGAUUAGCAAGUGGACCUCGGAGAACUUGCCACCAGAUGAGUUGUCCAUCCAAAACGGUAUCCUGACUACAAGGGCCAGUCGGUUCCCUUUGUGUAUCGACCCCCAGCAGCAGGCCCUUAACUGGAUCAAGAAGAAAGAGGAGGCAAACAAUCUCAAAGUAUGCACGUUUAAUGACCCGGACUUCCUGAAGCAGCUUGAGCUGGCCAUCAAGUAUGGCUUCCCAUUCCUCUUCAAGGACGUGGAUGAGUACAUUGACCCUGUCAUUGACAAUGUUCUCGAGAAAAAUAUCAAAGGAGGGCAGGGCAGGGAGUUUGUGGUUUUGGGAGACAAGGAGGUGGACUACGACCCCAACUUCCGCCUGUACCUGAACUCCAAGUUGGCAAACCCCAAAUACUCCCCCAACGUCUUCGGCAAGUCCAUGGUUAUCAACUACACUGUCACACUUAAGGGUCUGGAGGACCAGCUGUUGUCUGUGAUUGUUGGAUUUGAGCGUCGGGAGCUGGAGGAGCAGAGGAAGCUCCUCAUCCAGGAGACGAGCACCAACAAGAAACUGCUAAAGGACCUUGAGGACUCGCUGCUGCGAGAACUUGCCCAGUCGCAAGGAAACAUGCUUGACAAUGUGGAACUCAUCCAGACACUUGAGGAGACAAAGACCAAGGCCACCGAGGUCUCCGAGAAGCUCAAGCUGGGAGCCAAGACGGCCCAGGACAUUGACAAACUGAGAGAUGGUUACAGGCCUGCUGCCCGGAGGGGAGCUAUUCUGUUUUUCGUACUGGCUGACUUGUCAUCCAUCAACAGCAUGUACCAGUACUCUCUGUCAUCAUACUUGGAGCAGUUUGAAUACUCCUUAAAGAAGAGCAUGCCGGAUACCAUUCUCCAGAAGAGACUUCGCAAUAUUAUGGAGACCCUUACACAUAAUAUUUAUGACUAUGGCUGCACAGGUAUCUUUGAAAAGCACAAGCUGCUGUUCUCCUUCCAAAUCUGUGUGAAGCUGGAACAGGACAGUAACAAUGUGAGCCAGGAUGAGGUGGACUUCUUCAUCAAGGGCAACAUAGCUCUUGAGAAGAGCAAGCGUAAGAAGCCGUUUGCCUGGUUCCCGGAGGAGGGCUGGGAGGACGUAAUCAGGCUAUCCGAGGUCUUCUCAGACAAGUUUGGUUCCUUGCUAGAGGAUAUUGAACGCAAUGAGAAGGCUUGGAAAAAGUGGUAUGACCAUGACACCCCGGAGUCGCAGCCCUACCCUCUCAAGUACCAGGACAAUCUCAAAGGAUUCAGUCGCCUCAUGCUGCUCCGUUGCUUCAGGGUGGACAGAAUCUACCGUGCCAUCACCGAGUUCGUCACCAAAUGUAUGAGUGAGAAAUAUGUUACCCCACCCAUCAUCAGCUACGAGGCCAUAUUUGAGCAGAGCACUCCCAUGUCCCCUAUCGUAUUUAUCCUGAGUCCGGGCUCUGACCCUGCCAGUGAUCUGAUGAAGUUGGCUGAGAGGAUAGAGUUUGGCAGCAACAAGAUCAAGUUCCUCUCCAUGGGACAGGGACAGGAGAAGGUAGCCCUGACACUGUUAGAUACAGCUGUAUCGCGGGGACAGUGGUUGAUGCUGCAGAACUGCCACUUGUUGGUGAAGUGGCUUCGGGAUCUGGAGAAACAACUGGAGAAGCUCAACAAGCCCCAUCCAGACUUCCGCCUUUGGCUCACCACAGAACCUAUAAUGAGCUUCCCCAUUGGUAUCCUCCAGAGGUCACUCAAGGUUGUGACCGAGCCUCCAAACGGCCUGAAGCUCAACUUGAGGAACACGUACCACAAGAUUUCUACGACAGCCCUGAUGGAAUGUCCACACAACGCUUUGCCCUCCCUCGUAUUUGUGCUUGCCUUCUUCCAUGCUGUUGUGCAGGAGCGUAGGAAGUACGGCAAGAUUGGAUGGAACAUAUCAUACGACUUCAACGAGUCUGACUUCUCCGUGUGCAUGGAAAUCCUUAAAACAUACCUGCAGAAAGCCUUUGACCUGGGAGAGACAAAGAUCCCAUGGAACAGCUUGAAGUACCUCAUUGGCGAGGUGAUGUAUGGAGGUCGUGCCAUUGAUAACUUUGAUCGGCGUGUGCUGAACACAUACAUGAAUGAGUACAUGGGAGACUUCAUCUUUGACACGUUCCAGCCAUUCCACUUCUACCACAAUGAAGAGGUUGACUACAGGAUUCCUGAGGAUGGACCCAGAGACAACUACACUGAUUUCAUAGAAACACUUCCUCUGGCAAACACCCCAGAGGUGUUUGGGCUGCACCCGAAUGCAGAGAUUGGUUACUACACCCAGGCCGCCCGUGACAUGUGGCUCCACCUGGUGGAACUCCAGCCACAGACAGGUGAAAGUUCGUCUGGCAUCAGUCGUGAGGACUUUAUAGACAAGAUAGCAAGUGACGUGCUGGGGAAGAUUCCUGAGGAAUUUGAGCUGGACAAGCUCCGUAAGCGUUUCGGGCUCGAGAUCUCACCAACCACCAUUGUGUUGCUACAGGAACUGGAACGCUGGAACAACCUUGUCAACCGUAUGCAGAAGUCACUCGUCACACUCAAGAGAGCCCUGGCAGGAGAGGUGGGAAUGUCCAGUGAGCUGGAUGAUGUAGCCAGGUCCCUGUUCAAUGGGCAGAUUCCAUCCAUCUGGCGUAAGCUGGCACCAGAGACACUCAAAUCUCUAGGAAACUGGAUCAUACAUUACCAGCACAGAUACAAGCAGUACAAUGGAUGGGUAAAUGAUGGUGAGCCGGCAGUGAUGUGGCUGUCAGGCCUGCACAUCCCAGAGUCAUACCUGACCGCGUUGGUACAGGCUACGUGCCGCAAGAAUGGUUGGCCCCUGGACAAGUCAACCCUGUACACAGCUGUCACCAAAUGGGUCAGCCCAGACGAGGUUACAGAGAAGGCUCACCAAGGGUUCGACCCCAGCGCGGGUAGCUUUGCGGGUAUGAAAGGGUGCUUUGUACAUGGCCUGUACCUGGAGGGAGCUGGCUGGAACAGGGAAGAAAUGUUCCUCAUCAAGCAGAAACCUAAACAGCUCAUCCAGGAGCUACCCAUCCUCAAGAUCAUCCCUAUAGAGGCGCAUAAGCUUAAACUCCAGAAUACAUUCCGCACACCAGUCUAUGUGACUUCCCAGCGCCGUAAUGCUAUGGGUGUAGGUCUGGUGUUUGAAGCAGAUCUGGCCACCACGGAGCAUAUCAGCCACUGGGUCCUGCAGGGUGUCUGUCUCACACUCAACACUGACUAGACAGGGUGUCUGUCUCACACUCAACACUGACUAGACACACACUCAACAUUGACAUGAAGAAUGUUUAACAUGAAGAAUGCUCAAUACCAUCAAAUCUCACAGUUGCUAUUAUAUGGAAUUGAGACUGUGUUUAAAAGAUCAUAAAAAAACAGAUAAAAAAUGACUCUGUUUUUUAUCUUUAGUGACAUUUAUUGACAGAGAAAAAUACUUGCUGACAUUUUAGUCAACAAUCUUACUUGUGCUCUUUUUUGAAGCACCAUGCACUGGAGGACUCUUGUUUAGUGGAUUUAAGCAUUCAUGAGGAAUAAGUGAUAUCACUUGCAUAUUGUUACUUAUUUUAACAUGUUUUUGUUUUUAUUCAAGAAGUGAUAAAAUGUGUAUCCGUCCAAAAUGCAAAUCCAGUAUUUAUACUUUAUAUUUAAAUACAAAAUGUUUAUUUCAGAAUUGUGAAUGUUAUAUUAUUAAUGAAGUUUUAGAUAUACAUUAAACACUGUAAUAUAUUGAUAUGAUUAGAGCUGUGUUUUGAAAAUUCCGUCCUUAUAAUGUCUACAUUUCUCUUUGAAAUUGUUUGAAUAUGAAUAUGGUAUUACAUAUAUGAAUAAAGUAUCACAUUUACAUGGUAUAUAAUUAUUUUAUUAAUGUUGCAUUUUCUAUUUACAUGUUUGUCUUUGAUGAUAAAAGACACAAUAAAGGAAAAUAAUUUAUUAUACAUGAAAGGAAAUGGAUUUUUUUUGACAUUUCAAGUAAAGCAAGAUAAAAAUGAACUGUUACAUCAAACUAUAGUGUUUUAUGAGUUGCUUUGUUGAAUUGAUUGAAAAUAAAAAGAACACCAA